AUGUCAAAGACAAACAACAAAUUUGGUUAUGGCAUCGUCGCUUGGGACACCCGUCAUUUGGCUACCUUAAGUGUCUGUUUCCAUCUUUGUUCCGCUCUUGUGAUGAGUCCAGUUUUAAGUGUGAGACAUGUAUUUUGGCUAAGAGUCAUCGCACUAAGUCCCUAUUAUGUCUCUCCCUCCUUUCCAAUUCAUGGGGAGAGGGGGAGUGAAUUGGAGAGUCUUGGAUUAGCGAAUGAUGUGUUUGAGGAUGCUGCUAUAGGGAAGGAAACGACAUGUCGCACUAAAGUAAGUAACCGGUCACCCAUAUCUGAAGAUGAAACUUGUGGUCCCUGUGAAAAAACGACUGAUCGCCCUUUAGAACUCGAUCAGUCGCCCAUAUCUGGAGAUGAAGUAGGUGCUCUCGGUGUCGCAACGACUGGUCACACUAAAGCAGGUGACUAG